AUGUUCUCGCCGGAGACCUCACGUCUACAGUCGUUGCGGCCCAAGAGAUCUCGGCCGUCCGCAGGACAGGAUGAUUCAAUCAAGCUACCACAAGCGAAACGAAAACGGUCGGCCCUUCGAAAAGAUACCUUUGAGCCUCUAGCUGAGGCAAGCAUAAACGAGGUCGCCGGACGCGAAACAACCGACGAGAAAACCCAUGAUCACACCGUUCCAGUUGUGCCAACAAGAGAAUUGACCUUGAGAGGUACGAAAAGACCCGAAAAGCGGUCUGAAAGAGCGACGGGAUCGCCCAACUCGGGCCUCGUCUUGUCCAACAACGAGUUCUACACUGUCGCGCAGCUGCCUGCUCUGCCAGACCAGAUCAGGAAUCGUCCUACAAUUCCAUAUUCUUGCGUGCUUUCUCCAGAAUAUGGUUACGCCUUGGCCCUGACCCAUACCGACGCCAUAAUCUGGCCGUACAAUUCAAGCGCGUCCACUCCCUCUUCAAGAGAUGUCAUCACCUUCAAAUUGCCAUUCCCACCAGCCUCGGUCGAUGAUCCGUUGCCGCUGGCAACCUUUACGGCACGAGCAGCGAGCGGCGAACCUGGAGUUGUUGCUGUCUCGGCGAAACUGGGAAAGGUCGUGUACUGGGAAACAAUCUCCAGCGCCUCGUCUUUCCUACCCGGCCAAACCUCCAGCGUACAGGGCUCCAUACCACAAAUGCAGAGCAGCGAAGUAGUUGAAGAGUUGAUCAAUGCAGAGCCGUCGGGUUUCAUACUUGCGUUACGACACGGCCGAGCUGCUCAUUUGACCAUUCGGGAUCAGAUGGGGAGACCUGGCAUCGGAGUGCAAUUCCUUCGGAAGUCCACUAACGGUACCGGCGGCCUACUGGGAAGUAUUCGGAAUGUCUUCGGUGGCGAUCGAAGAAAGGGGAUACCGAUUGUUAAGGCAGGAGGCUCAAGAAAGGGGCAGCGAGACAUUGUCAUUGCAACCCAAGACGCUGAAUUGGAACUAUGGAGUACCACCUUGAGCUCCGGCAACACCCUUGAGGCCUCCUUCAGUUGCAAAGACGAAGUGCUCGAGACAUUGAAAUCGAUGAUGCCGGAAGAAGCACAACUUGAUUUCCAAAUCCUGGACGUGGAACUUUCGGCAGGCCCAAGCAUGGCAUUGGCUCGACGAGAGAGCCAUGGUGUACCAAUGAUGGCUCUCGCUUCGGUGUCGACGUCGGAGCGGAUCAAUUACUAUAUCAUCGAGCUGCUUGUCGACCAAGGGGCCAAGGUCAAAGUGGUCCACCCCAUAACUUGUUACUCGCCCUCGAAUCCAGGUGAACGAUCCUGGAGGCCUCGUCUGUGCGUGGCGAGAUCACACCCGGUGGCGUUUGUUCUCUUCGGAACAGCCAUCGUCGUGUUCUCCCUCGCGAAGAUACGAGAGACUCCAUCCUCACAACUUCUGAUGGAACGACAGGAGCUUCCUGAACCAUUUCAGGACUCGGUCCGCUUUCAGGAAGGUAGACUCUACCAGGUGCUAGGAUUUGCACUCGACCCCUCGGAAAAACAUUCCUCGGUCAUUUUUGGAGUACAAGGCUUUGGCAUAGUCAGAUUGACUUACCAUCCUCGGCACAGUGGCGAGAUUGAUGUUGACGAGCUUGAAGAUCGGAUCAGUGCAAAGAGCAAAAUCGAGCAAGCAGUCUUCUUCGGAAGUAUCAAACAAAAUCCUCUGGAUCUCAAAAGCGCCGGUCAAGGCUACUCGGCGGAAGAAGUCGAAACAGCUGCUCUGGAGAUCAGCUCCGAGAUCCUCUCAUCGUCGUCGAAGCAUCUUCCGAAGAGUGCACCUUCCGUCGAAAUGCAAAUGCGAAUCCGGGCCAAAGCUCUCGACGACUUGGCACAGCAUCUGUUUGAACACUACCCGUCCUUGAUUUCCCGGAACACGCGCUUUCAGCUACUGCUGAACGCGGAGAAGUUGGCAGCCGCACAAGCGAUUUGGAAAGUUCAAGAAGAUGCUCAACGAAAAUAUCCCCAGAGUGACCGGGAGAUGUCGUAUCUUGAAUUCACUCUUCGGGCCUUGCACGAGUCUCGCCAGAAAUACCCUGAUCCAGAAAAAGGAGAAAAGGAUAGAGUGAGACACUGGCUGGUCAAUAGUGUUGAGCACGUUGACCAUUUAAUGUCCGAGCUGGGCGACUGCAUCCGCGAAUUGGAACCCAUGGAUGUCACAGACCCCAGGGUCGUUGCGGAUUAUUUCACCGAAGCAGCCGACCUGUGGAUUGCAGCAUACAGUGCCGCCUUCAAGUUCCGAGAAGACAAUGCUCCCAUUUAUGGGCUGGGAGACGAAGUCUUCAAAGAUGGGGUCUUGGUAUCGGGCUUUCCUGUCGAUAUACACCACCCGUGGACGUCACGCCCCGAGCCGCUCCGGUUCGGUGAGCGUCUCAUCUACGACAUCUGCACAUUCUUGAAUGAGUGGUGGGAUUUCGCCCACGGCAAAAACAAAAAGAAGAAGAUGCCUACCGAUCUUGAUGGCAAGCCGUAUGGGGGACCGAGUAAAGCUGCGCUUGAACAACUGGCUGCGCGACUGCCUGUCCAGGUUGAAUUGUUGUCCCGGCUUGUCAACGAAGAGUACACUCAAGCCGAGUGUCAGCUGAAAGCGCAUGAGAAGGACGCCGAAGUUCUCAGUGACGAGAUCAAGGCUAUCCGGAAUGAAGAAAUCGACCGAAUGUCUCAACCAUUGCAGGUCAUUUCCGCUUUCAACAUGCCGGGUGCUAUUCAACUGAGCGAGAAGUUGGGAUACUUUGGGAUGCUGGUCAAUCUGCAUUACGACUACUACAAAAGGUUGACGGCGGAGGUCGUGGCCGACCCUUCUCUGGCCGAGGCGAACCAACGAAAACUUGCCGAGAUGCAGAACAAAGCAGAGAAGUAUUUUGAUAGAUUUGGCAAGGGAUGGGCAGUGGCAUAUUUCCGCCGACUGAUUGAAGAUGACGAGUGCGGCACUCUUCUCUUGAAGGGCGAAGAGGACGACCAGAAGAAGGAGUUUCUUGCGUGGUUCUUCAAGCUGGCCGAACAUUUAGGUCAAAAGGUCGGCAAAUUGAGCUGGAUUCAUGACAUUGUUGGAAAUGGAAACUAUUUGCGGGCGGAGAGAACCCUUCACGAAGUGGCAGCCGAAGAAAUGGACGAUGUUUGGAACAAGAAGACCGAGCUCUCGCUUGCCAAAUUGGCAGGCCUCGCAGCAGCUGAAGGGACCUCGACGAUACCAGACGAUCUCGAGCAAUACGACAACGGACUGGCCAUUAUCGAGAUCCAGGAACGGAUUCAUACACACGUGACGGCGGUGGUUGGUCCAGCACUUGAUGAAAAAGCAGCAGCUGAUCUCGCCCUGGACGCCUUUGCUACACGCUGGGUGGCGAAGUUUGCAGGGCUGAAGAGACAAUUGAAGCAGGGGCUGAAGACUUUGUUGCGUCAAAAUCCUCUAUCGGCCGAAGAACUGGUUGACGUGUUGACUCUCAUGGACCCCAUGGACUGGCCAGGAAUCCCCGAAGAAGACCCCGAGAUCCGCGGACAAGAGUUCUCGCUGGCGUUGAAGGUAGUGGACCUUUCCAGAUCAACGACGGCCAAACAAAAUGAUCUUCGAGCUCUGAUCUGGAGAAGAGCGAUGAUCCGGGAUGAUUGGCUGUUGCUCAACGAAACCAGUGGAAAAGACGACCAGAGAGUGCAAAGCGAAAUGCAACAGACCAGUCUCUUCAAGACCAUUGAGCAGGUUCUUACAUGGGGACAGGUGGAGGGGGUGGAUGUCCAUCUGCUGUCGCCGAGUGAGAUCUUGGAACGCGAGUCCUUCCCCAACAGUCUUCAGGAAAGGUUCACCGAGAAUGAAAUGGAAGGCCUGCGCAAGGACCUGGACAAGGAGCAAGUGAGGCUGAAGACCUACGUGGAGAAAGGCCGACUCGAGGAUCAUUACGGGGGGUUGGUGUCAAGCGCUCAACGCAGUAUCAGAUCAACCAUGGAUGGAAAAGGGGAACAGAUGGCGCAAGAGGUCAUGCAACAGACCAACGGCCACGGCCACAGCCUUUGA